GUUUAACUUUGAUUAAGAGUCAGAUCAUUUGCUGCUUUCAUUGUCGACAAUUGAGUUUUAAAAGUCGAUUGUGCAAAAUUUCACCAAAGAAAUGCUCAACAGUGCAAUUUUGAUGAUGUUUUUAUAUUCAAAUUUUGUAUCAUCGACAGACGUAGAAGAUUCAACAGAGUUCCAAGAAAAAAUUUAUAAGGGUAAAGAUGUUCUCCGAAAAGGUGUUUAUCCUUACUUUUGUUCCAUCCAAAUACCAAAUGAUCGGUAUCCAUAUAUUCACUACUGUGGAGGAGUAUUGGUGGAAAGAAAUGUCAUGCUAACAGCAGCACAUUGUCUUACCAAUACCUCACUUAUUUCAAAAUUGCGCAUUUUACCCAACUAUCGAAAUCGACGGGUAAUCCAAAAGAGCGAUCCCAUUAUCAAAGUUAAAAAUUAUGUGAUACAUCCAGAUUUUUUAAAACAACGACCAUACAGUAUGCAUGACAUCGCUGUUGUACUAUUGGACAAACCUGAUACACGACCUAAAGCUACGCUUCAACUGGCCUUCAGACGUCUUCCUGUUAAUACAAAGGUUAAGUUAAUAGGUUUUGGGAUCGAAAUAAGAGACUACCUAUCAGAUGCACUGCUAGAAGCAACUGUAACCAUCAAAGACGACAAAAAGUGCCUGGAUGAAAAGACAGGAUUUGAGUAUGCUCCAAUUUACAAUUUCUGUACUCAGAAUAACGUUGGUGCAGGUGGAUGUUAUGGUGACGCAGGUGGUCCUGCAAUUUGGCAAGAUGCACGUACUAAUAUAAGUUAUCUUUAUGGUGUGCUGAGUAGUGAACAGUCGCCCUGUAAUAAGUUUCACACUGAUGUCUUUGUUAAUGUUUUUGCUCAUUUGAAGUUCAUCAAUGAUGCUUAUUUACAAUUUUCUCGUGAACAAUUUGGAUGUCCGAAAACUAGAAAAGCAGAAAUAACUGAAUACGAUUACUGAAUGGACAUUCAGUUAAUGAACUCCAAAAUAUAGCAUUAUGCCAUCCAUUGGCUUUAGACGAGCUGCUGAUACAGAUAUACCAUAAUGCAAUGUUGCACAAAAAAUGAGAAAAAUUAGCAACUUUGAAAGGUCUUAAAUUAUCGAUACCUUUUUCAAUUAGUAUAAAAUAUCUUUUUGGGAUAAAAAAAUAUGGUCAAUUGAUUGUAUGUUAUUCAGAGAUGAAUUAUACAUUGAAAAUUUCGAUUAGAACACUGCUGUAA